CUCCCUCCUUCCCUCCCACUCCCUCUCUCUCACAUUGUGUUUACAGCCUUGGAGAGCGUUGCAUAUCUGACAUUUCUCUCUCAAACUCCAACCGGCUCUGUUCUCAUCUGAAAGUAGCAGAGAGAAGACGAGGAGAGAAGAGGUAUCUGAUCUUGUUGUGUAACCAGAACUGAAGCACUUCAUGCUGGACUGCUUCAAACAGCUGACCUGAGCUCAUCUUCAGACAACCAGCAGCAGUCAGAUUCCCUGAUUCCACCUCUUCAAAGCAGCCUGACCAGCUCAGUCCAGCUCUACUCAGGCCCAGCAGCCUGAUCGAACUCUCUUCUCUCACAAUCCAGCCAAGAUCAAGAUCUAACCAGUCCCCAUGGAGCGUGUUCAGCACAUGACCAAGUCGGCCAUCCGCCGAGCGUCUCAGAUCGAGGUGAAUCCACAAGCCAAGAGGAACCUGCAGGAGCUGUUCGUCAACUUCACCCUCAUCCUCAUCUGCCUGCUCCUCAUUUACAUCAUCGUCCUCCUGAGCAGCUGAGGACGGCAGCGACGUCCACAGAGAGAGUCUGGCAUGGCUGUGCUGUGGACGAAGGUUUGGCUGAGAUAUGGGCUUUACUCAUACAGAUCAGAUUUCUAAUAAAGCAAUAAUACCAUCCCCAUAUAUCAGCCUAACCCUGUUUGACAACAGCUGUGAAGGAUCAUGGAGGUCAAACAAAUCCAUGUGAAAACAAUAAUGGCCAAACACUCUCAAAUUGUUCCUGUCAGAGCUGAUCAGGGAUCAGCUUCCCUGACUCUGUGUCUCAAGGGAAUGAUCAUAAGUGACCCGACUUCAACAGUUUAAACUUCACUGAUACACUGUAUGUAUGUAUAUGUGCCUCCUGCUCAUUCAGACCCUGCUUACAUCACAAUGUGAUUUACAGAGGAAGCUGACUUCCUCCUUUAAAGACACACUCUUGAAAAAUGUCUCUUGCUUGAUUAAUAACAGGUGCAAUGUGUAUAAUACUGAGAUAUCAAUACAUCACUACUGUUCAUUUUCAAUUUCCCAUGAGUCCUAUUGCUUCCUGCAGCCCCCCAAACACCACCAUCCCCAGGAGAAAAAUAAACAUGCUGGAAAUGAUUCUUUUCCCAUUUGCAUUUUAAUUUCCUCCUCCACCUGCCACUGCCAGAGACCAAAGGCAGUAAAAACAUGGCUGUAGUGUCUGUGACAUCAGGUUUCUGUAUUUUGAAACCUCAAUGCAGCAAUUGUGGCAGCCUAAAAAUCCAAAUUUGGCAAAAAGAAACUGGGACAGGAAAGCAGCAACACCGUGGCUGAGUGUGACAGGCUGAGGCACCUGUCAAUUAAGUAAACACACCGAGCGUGAAGUCCCUUUUAUUAUCAGUAUGACAGAUGGCCAAGUGCGUUAGAAUCUAGUAUGACGGUAGCAGGUCUGAUAUGACACUCAGUGUGACCGAUAAUUAUAUAACAUAUAACACUUGACAUCAUACUUAGAGAUUAUUCUAAGUACUGUGAGCCUGUAUAGUAUGUUAAUAAGACUGAGAGCAUCUUCAACCUUCUUAGCAUUUUGCUCUGAGGGGCAACAUUUCACUCCUACAAUCCACUAUGUUAAGUAUGGACUACUUUACUUGGGCCUAGAGGUCAAUGUACAUUUGAGUUUUAAACACACACACACACACACACACACACACGCACACACGCAUACAUGCACACACAGCUUCUGGUAUACUGCAGGCCUGAUAUAUAUACAUAUAUAUAUAUAUAUAUAUAUACAGUACAUGCAGUUUAUCAGUUGUGAAGAAGACUUCACUUUGCAUGGUGUGAUUUCACUUAAUGACUUUUUUUGUUUAUGUCAUUCAGUUUUGAAUUAUUCCUGACUAAUAUGGAAAUUUUUGGUGUAUUACAGCACGUGCCCUGAUUGUAGCAGCAAGAGUGUAUAAAAACAAACUGUAAAGUCAGAUUCCUAAAUCUGAAGUGCAUAAUAAAAUCCUCAAGAAUGUAUUAUAUGAUCACACAUAUCAGGAAUUUUACAAUGUAUCUUCAUAUAAUGUAUCUUCAUGAUAUUUGCCAGGACUGAGAAUGUGUUAAUAUAAAUCACAAUUACAUUUGGGAUUAGAAAUUAUUGAAAAUAAAUUGCACUUUUGUUCUUCUGUGUAUGUUUGGAAAAUUGUACCAUGCACCUGACUUUUAAACUAUGUAAGAAAUCGCAUGUCAAUAAAAUUAAAGUGGCUUCUCCA